CACGUACGAAUAGGCAAUCCUACCUUUGCACCAGCUCACGCAUCGUUUUGUGUCCGUAGAAUCACGCAUGUACGGUCAGCAAGAGCGAGAUCAAGCGUUUUGCAUAUGCCUGCAAAAGGGGUGUCAACACGUUGUCGGAAGGUAACACUGUUGAAGACUUCUUUUUCCAGCGCAAGGCAAUGGAUCCAUCUAAAGACUCUGAGUACGAUCGAAGAAUGCAGGAACCGGAUAACGAGGACUGGCUUUCUUCCUUGAGCCAAGAGGCAGCGGAAGAACCUGAACGCUUAUUCGGUAAUGAUGGAUCAUAUGGUGCUCAGCCUCAAGCUGCAGCAUCUCUUCGCUCUGGUUAUGCACCAAGGUCACCACCUUCGCCUCGACGCACCUACAGCACCCGAUCUUAUUCAACUCAGCUGACACCGCCUGGUGGUGUUACCAAGUCAAUCCUACGGCAACGAAGAGAAACAGUAAAGCGUGUGCAGAACAUUAUCCGGCAAGAGUACGGGAAUAUGUACUCUGUUGAACAGUUCGGCAGCACACGCUAUGGCAUUUCUUCUGCAAAUAGCGACCUCGACCUAGUUCUCAUCGAUCCCAAAAGACCACAUGGUGCCUCACCAAAGCAAGCAAAACCACGCGGUGGCAUAUAUAGAAUAAAACAGGUUGGUGCUCUAUUGAGGAAGAAAAAGUAUCACAAUGUCUCCGUUAUCGAUAGUGCAAGUGUUCCAAUAGUAAAAUUCAAGGACCCGAUUACGGGAAUGGACUGCGAUCUAAACAUUAACGACAGACUGGGGCUACACAAUUCCGACAUGGUGAAGCGUUACUGCGAAUUGUCUCCGCUCUUGCGACCGAUGGUGCGGGUAAUCAAAAAGUGGGCCAAACCGCUCAAGUUAAACAGUCCUUCCAUCCGCUCAGGAGGACGUGUGACGUUCAGCAGCUACGCUCUUACUUUGAUUACCAUUGCUUUUCUCCAGACACAUCGUCUAUUACCCAAUCUUCAAGAAGGCGUACCUCCUUUGAGCGAAGAAAAUCAAGAUGGUCUCUUUUGGUUUAAGGGGAAGCCGUGUAAUACCAAGUUCAAUAUGGCUGAAGGUUGGGUACCUCCGGAACAAAGAACGGUGGAAGAGGCGAUGCUAGCUUGGUUCAGAUAUUGGGGUUUCGAACAUGACUACACUGCAAACACUCUCGUCUCUAUCCGGGCUGGUGGUAUCAUAGAAGGAUCAGACUUCUCUUGGGAUGACAAUGAGAAAUUCAAGAGCAUGUCCGAGGCAAAGUGGCGGGAGGCGUGCUUGAUGUUGAAAGCUGAAAUCAGAGAACUAUCGGCUUCUUGUCGCAGAUCCAUUCAUUAUCACCAAAAAUGUCACAGGCAACAUCCAGCCCGUCAGUUUUUCCGUUUUCCGAGCUGAAUGCCAGCUUGCCUUCAAGAAGUUGUUGCUUCCAAGAUCGCCGAAAGUGGAAAAAGGCAAAACCCGCAGUUACUCCUGCAUCGGAUGAUGGCAUUGAAUCUGUCAGGUCCAGCUGUUGAUCUCGAAAGUAACCCUCUCCGCGAUGACGAUUUAGGCGAUGAACCUGACAUACAUUCACUGGCUGACUCGAUAAUGCCCCCGCCCAAGAGCAAAGGACCAACGCGGCCGGUGGAUUUUGUGUUGGAGGAGACACGAGUGAAAUGGAUUGUUCCUCUCCCGGACGAUCCUUUUCUGAAAAGGUAUGCGUUUCUAGAAACGAACUCAAAUAUCGUUGCGACGCAAGGUCGCAAGACAUCUGAGUUUGAAGAGUACCACCGUCAGGAAGAAAUCGAGAAGACUCGACACACUUAAUUAUCUAUAUACAUUGUAUCACUAGUAUUCCUUGAUUAAUAACAAGUAACGGUAACGGUCGAUAGAAUUGUGAAUGUGCUAC